AUGAAUUCACAAGCCAUAUAUAAAACAUCAAUACCAAAUCAUAAACGAAUUAUUUCUAAUAAAUUAAUUUCACUGUGUAAUUAUUGUUUAAUUAAACAACAAAGAUCAGUGUCAAUUAAUGUUGAUCCCAGCAAUAAUGAUAAAAUAAAAAAAACAGUAUUAAUAUCAACAUCAAAUGACAUAUUUACAAAUUUAUCACUUGAAGAUUGGUUUUAUCGUAAUAAUGAUUUUACAAAUGAACACAUGUUACUAUUUUGGAAAAAUAAUCCAUGUGUUGUUAUUGGACGUCAUCAAAAUCCUUGGCUAGAAGCAAAUUGUCAAAUUCUUGAUGAUAAUGGUAUUCAACUAGCAAGACGUAACAGUGGUGGUGGUACAGUAUAUCAUGAUUUAGAAAAUUUAAAUUUAUCAUUUUUUACACCUAAAAAAUUAUACAAUAGACGUUAUAAUCUUGAAAUAAUAACAAAAGCAUUAGAUAAAUAUUUUGGUAUUGAAACACAUGUUAAUAAACGUGAUGAUAUUGUGACAAAUGAAAAUUAUAAAAUAUCUGGUACAGCAGCAAAGCUUGGUAAAUCAACAGCCUAUCAUCAUUGUACACUUCUUGGUGAUUCUGAUAAAGCAAAGCUGUCUCUGUCACUCAAACAAAUGGACACUGGAAUAACAACAAAUGCAACAGUAUCAACAAAAUCACCAAUUAAAAAUUUACGUGAUAUUAAUCCACUUGUUAAUACAGAUUCAUUGAUUGAUGCUAUUGGAUUGGAGUAUCUAUCAACAAGUUCAACAAGUGGAUCAACAUUGAAUAACAAUUUUCAAAUGAUAAAUCCAAAUGACAAUAAUUAUCCAGGCUUGAAUGAAUUGGUAGAUGAAUUUUCUUCAUGGAACUGGAACUAUGGAAAGACUCCAAAAUUUACUGUCAAUAAAAAAAUCAAAUUAUCUGAUUAUUUUGAUCCAGUUGAUGUUGAACUUGAAGUACAAAGUGGAAUUGUCAUUGAUAUUAAAUUAAAUUUACCAUUAAAUGUUGAAAAAAAAUAUGAGAGUUUAAUUUUUAAUGUUGUUGAUCAGUUGAGAGGUUCUAGAUAUUCUUAUGAAUUUAUAAAUAUUAUUGUUAAUGAAUUUGUUGGCUCACUUGAUGCAUCAAGCACAAGUGGUACUUGCACAAGCAGGUGAAGAUUUUAUUUCCCUUAUUUGCUAAUAAACAAACAACAAUUUUGUCAAUAAAAGAUUAAUUUUUUAUAAUACAAUUGUAAAAAUAAUAAUAAUAAUUAAUUUUAACAAUAA